AUGCCAAAAGAUAUUCAAACUGGUACUGCGGAGCUUCUUAUUGGAAAUGAUUACUAUCUGGACAUAAUACUCGGACAUAAGAUAGAGGUACAAGAAGGUUUAUACCUUCUUUCUUCAAAACUUGGUUGGAUACUGACAGGAAGAACGAACGAUUUCGACAAAGACAUUCACGAUGCUAGCAUGCUUAUUAUGACUCAUGGCAACAACAUCAACAUACGAGAGACACCAUGUAUUUUGUUACAUGGCCAUGGAGAGACGGGAUCCAAAUAUUCAACAAUCGCAAUUGCAUUGGGACGCCUGAAAUCAUUGGUACCGGACGUAUUGAAGAAGUAUGACAAUGUUAUUAGGGAGCAGCUUGAAAAAGGAAUCAGAGAAAAAGUUGAAACAUUUCAGCAGGAUGGUAUGCUUCACUAUUUGCCCCAUCAUGCUGUGAUCAAGGUAGACAAAUCGACCACAAAGUUGAGGAUAGUCUAUGACGCAUCAGCAAAGACAAAAUGUGAGAACAACAGUCUUAACGAAUGUUUGUAUAGAGGACCUGUACUCCUGAAUGAUUUAUGUGGAAUUCUACUGCGAUUCAUGAUUCAUCAAGUAGCUAUAGUGUCUGACAUUGAAAAGGCCUUUCUCCAGAUAGGCUUACAAGGAAGUCAAAGAGAUGUAACACGCUUCUUGCGGGUGAAGGAUAUAGACAAUCCAGCAGUAACACAGAAUCAGAUUCAAGAAUAUCGCUUCUGUAGAGUUCCCUUUGGCAUAAUUUCCGGCCCCUUCCUUCUAAGUGCGACAAAUGAAUAUCAUUUAGAUUGUUAUGAAAGCACAUUGGCAACACAACUAAAACAAGAUAUCUACAUGGACAAUGUUGUUACUGGAAUCGAUUCGAUUGAAGAAGGCAGAAAACUAAACGAAACAUCCAAACAAAUGUUUAAUGAGGCAAACAUGAACUUGCGAGAGUAG